AGCCGCGUCGUGGAGCAUCAGCAGCUACGUUUCAUCAGUAUCAGAUAAAAUACAGAGGACUCUGAAAAUAAAGACCAGACAAACUACUCCCCGUUACACGUUAGCACAUUUUAAUGGAGUCGUGGUUCUUUUAAACAUGCAGUUGUUGUCGUCACGGCUGUGUCCUUAAGGGUGGCCCGUGGAUAGUGAUAGUUUGGAGACAGGGUCCACAGGGUGCUCCAGGAGCCGCGUUCAGAUCACCGGACCACCGGUGCGCGCGUAAAUCAUCAUGGCGGACUCGGUCUUUAGCCUAAACAACCUGACAUCCUUAGCCCGGGCACUUUCACAGCCGACUUUAGAUCUCAUAGACUCUAACGAGAUCAGCCCGCCAAGAAAUGCUCAGCUACAUCCGACCCGGAGGAGAAAGUUGUCAAGUUGCAGCUCGUUUGACAACAUUGAACCCGCCACUUCACCUGGAGCUGCCGAGGCGCGGGUCCUUGUCAUCAACACCGGGGGAACGAUAGGGAUGACCCUCCAUGACAAUGUGCUUGCCCCCAAACCCAAUGCAUUUGUAAAGGGCCUACGAAAACUUCCCAUUCUCCACGAUGAGCUGUACGCCCAACAGACCUGCCUCUACCGCUACUAUGGAGAAAACUCUCUGGUCCUACCGGCGAGUAAAGACAGUAAAAGGAUAGUCUACACAAUAAUGGAGUACAGCCCUUUGUUGGACUCUUCAAAUAUGACUACAGAUGACUGGGGUAGAAUUGGAAAGGACAUUGAGAAAAAUUAUGAAAGCUAUGAUGGUUUUGUGAUUCUCCAUGGGACAGAUACUAUGGCUUACACAGCCUCAGCCCUGUCCUUCAUGUGUGAGCAUCUGGGCAAACCUAUUAUACUGACAGGUUCACAGGUGCCCAUCUAUGAAUUACGAAAUGAUGGCAGAGACAACCUCUUGGGGGCGCUGUUGAUCGCAGGACAAUUUGUUAUCCCUGAAGUGGGUUUAUAUUUCUAUAACAAACUAUACAGAGGCAAUCGUGUAACCAAAGUGGACACUGGCAGCUUUAAUGCAUUCGCUUCCCCUAACCUGGCUCCUCUGGCCUCCGCUGAAGUGGACAUUAUAAUUAACUGGGACACCGUGUGGAGGGCCAAUACAACGGCCAAGUUUCAAGUGAGCACAGAGCUAAACCGGAAUGUGGGGUUGUUGCGGCUUUUUCCAGGGAUCACUGCCGCCACUGUUAGGGCCUUCCUCCAGCCUCCGAUGCAGGGAGUUGUCCUGGAGACAUAUGGCAGCGGAAAUGCUCCCGACAACCGCAAGGAUCUACUCGAUGAACUGAGGAAAGCCACUGAUUCUGGUGUUAUUAUAAUCAACUGUACACAGUGUCUCAGGGGAACGGUGUCCACAUCCUACGCAACAGGGAAGGUUUUGAUUGACGCUGGACUGAUAGCUGGGGGUGAUAUGACGCCUGAAGCGGCACUUUCAAAGCUUUCCUAUGUGUUGGCAAAGAAAGACUUGGAUCUAGAAGCAAAGAAAAAGAUGAUGAGUCAGAACCUCCGAGGUGAGAUGAGAGCUGAUUUUGCUGGAGCCAAGUUGUGCCUGAGUGACAGCCGUUUCAUCCAGGUCAUUGCCAAAUCUCUGAGCAUCAGCUGCAAAGAGGAGUUGGAAGCAAUCCGUGAUGCCCUGACUCCCCCACUAGCCUGUGCUGCUGCUAAGAUUGGAGACAUUGAGGCAUUUGAGGCCUUAAAAGAAAUGGGCAGUAAUUUGUCUUUAGGAGACUAUGAUGGACGGACACCUUUACACGUGGCGUGUUGUGAGGGCAACCUCAAAACAGUGCAGUACCUGCUGAGCCACGGCGCCACAGUGUAUGCUAAAGAUCGCUAUGGGGCCACUCCCCUGUGCAAUGCAGUACACUUUAGACACAAGGAAGUGGUGAGGCUGUUGAGGAAGACUGGAGCUCACUUCUCUCGUGACGAACUGGAUGAAGCAGGUGUGGAGUUGUGCAGCUUGGCAGCCAGUGGUGACUUGGAGGGUCUAGAAAUCUGGAGCAUUGCUGGUGCAGACCUGACCAAACCAGGAUAUGAUGGACAGAACGCCAUUCAAGUGGCUCAGUCGGUUGGCAAAAAGGAAGUGGUAGCAAUUUUAGUCCAGCUCAUGAGCAAUAGAACCAAGACAGUUUUUGGUGACUUUAGUGAAUAUGCUGAAUUUGAUAAUGAUGAGGAGAACGGGAUCGAGUUCACUGCCCCCCCAUCUGGACUGUGAAAUCCCCGCAGGACCAUGCCACCUUUCCAUCCACUUUGUUGUCUUCCCACUUUAAUAUACCACUGAAUCCUGAAUAUGUUAACUUGUCUGUCCCUGGGCUCUUAAAUGGCCUUGAAAUAUUUCUAACCUAUCCAUGCCAGCGUUAUCUUACUCUUCCCAGCUUUGAAUGUGUCUAAAGCCAUAUAAUGUUUCCAUCCAAAGUAAAAGCACAGUACUAACUUGUAUAUAUACUGUACAAGUGUAAUGAACCGGCAAUGCUAUAAAUGUAUUUAUAUGUUUUGAUUGUCUUACUUGCUUCCAGUGCUUUAAAUGCUGCUUUUAAUGUUGAAAGAAUUGUUAUUGUAAUAUGCUAGGAAAUCAGGGUUUGGGUAAAUCUGAUGGGUUUUUUUUACGUGGAGUGCGCUACAACCUCCCAUGCUCAUUCAUGAAUUUAAAUAUGGUCUAUAGAAAUACAUUUGUGGCAUCUAUAAAUUUUAAGUUGGUUUAAGCAUUUAAGGAGCAGACUUUACCCUGAGACAAAAUUUGAUUACUUACUGAAGCACAGGUAAAGCAAAAGUUACUCUUCAGCCCCAACCAGUUUCAGAUACUAAUAGUAAAGCUGGAAGAGUUGCAUAUCUCUGUAUUUCAAACUGUGAACAACAUUUACUAAGUUUGAUGUUAUUAAAGUCCAUCCACUGUUUUUGUUGAAUGAUGUCUUUACACUGUUCAUUUCACAUAAAUGUUACAGCUGUGUUUGAAUGCAAGUUUAAAGAACAUUUGCCGUUACUGUCUUGCUGCAUACUACUGUAGUAGAAGGAUGAGAGGUGCUGAGAGAUGUUGAAAUAUAUAGUGGUCUAUUUUGCUGUGACAAAAGCAAUAAAAAGUAAAUCUCUUGUAUC